GAACCUCACCCUACCAUGCAAAAACCUCCUAUUACAACUUUCUCUCUAUAAUCUUCUUCCACUUUAAUACACAGUACACACAUUCAAUUUCUUCCAAAUGUCUCAAAUCGACAUAAGAUCACCAAAACAUUGUGCCAAAAAAGGUUUCAACUUCAACUUCUUCAACAAAAAACUCUUCAAAAUCUUCUCUACUCUUACAUUCUCUAUUCUUUCACUAAUCCUUCUUAUUUGGUUCAUCCUUCACCCUGUAAAACCUCAGUUCAUCCUCCAAGAAAUCAACAUUUACCAGCUUAAUUUCUCAUCACUUCACCUUCUAAACUCCUCCAUUGAAAUCACUUUAGAAACAAGAAACCCAAACCAAAAAGUCGGAGUUUACUACGAUGUGUUAAAAACUUAUGCAUCAUACAAAGGUCAACCAAUAACUCUACAAACUUCUAUUCCUCCAUUUUAUCAAGAACAGCAAAAUAGCAACUUAAUCUCGGCUUCUCUAGUAGGAAAUGGCCUGCCUGUGGCUCCGUCGCUUCGAUACGACGUAGGCCGAGAUCAGGCAUCAGGGAAGAUGAUAUUAGUCCUUAAGAUUGAUGGCAGGAUAAGAUGGAAGAUAGCAACUUGGGUUUCAGGAAGAUAUCGUGUUAAUGUUAAUUGUGUUGCUAUUCUUCCUCUUACACCACUUAAUCCUGCAGCUUCUCUCAGUUCUAAGCAGGGAACUCAGUGUUCUACCACCUUAUAGAAUAAGCAACGGAUCCACUAGCUAACAAAUCUUAGUUCAGUUUCAUAAUACUCGCUACACUUUUCAUUGUGGAAAGUUUCACAUUACUUGCUACACUUUCCAUUGUGGAAAGUUUCACAUUACUUGCUACACUUUCUUUCUGGGCAAUAAACUCUCUUUAUCUCUCUCCUCUUACAUGGGUCCCUUUUCUUUUUAUUCUCUACCUCUUUCUUCUUCAAAAAUUGCCUAAAAGUCCGUGAAUUGAGAAGUGUGGCGAGUAGUUUAUUUCUUUGUCUUGGUAUAUAUAUAGUGAACAAUAUGAUAAUGAUUGAUAUGAGUAGCUAUGUUAUUCGGACACUUCAUAGUUGUCGACACCUUGACAUAGUUUGUACAUGUAAGUAUGUAACCAUGUCCAAUACGAAUACCUGAGUCCGAGUAACAUAGAUAGGUAGAAGUAGUAAAACAAAAAGAAAGUUUACUUUAGGAUUACUUUAUGUUAGUUGUUGGUAUCAGUAUAGGAGAGGUGAAAAAGAGGAUCAUGAAUCAAAGGAUGAGAAGAUACUGUCUGAUUACACUUUUGAUAUGAUUGAUUGAUUUCAAGCAAAGAGAAAAGAAGGGAUAAGGAGGCUGAAAAAAUGAAGAUUCCAAAUAGAAGAAAAGGGCAAACACAAAAGAGCGCAAGUGAAAUCUUUGCUACUAAGGAAUAUUUGUAUCAACAAGUGAAUCACUCACCUCCAAAUUUAGUCAUUUGUCAUCUUAUAUCCCAUAAAAACUCUUCACAGUCUCAUGCAGAGAAACAAGGGUUGGGGCCUAAUGUCCCCUGAUUAUGCACUUCAGGCUAUGUAACUCGUACUCUUCAUUACAAUCUCAAGUAGUCACAUAUUAAGAUGAAAAUUUUGAAUGUGUUCAAUUAGAAAAUCGGACACUUCGAAUUUGGGGGUUACAAUAAUUGUGAAAAUUGCCAAAUGUAGUGAUAUAUAUAUUUGUUGCUCGAAUCUACAUUUGUAAAUUAUAUUGUAUGAUUGUAUUCUCGAGUUCAAGUAAUAUAAAUAGCUAUACAAUUUAAUAGAA